UUUGACUAGUUUGCUAUUUAGGAAAACGAUGUUUCCCUGACGUUCAGAUAUUUAUAUAUAUGGACGGGACUGAGCUCGUUGACUUCCAAAAGAGUGCACACAUUUUAUAUGGCUCUGCAAAAGGGGAUAUUUUUGAGAAUUACCUGGCUCUUCACCAUGUUUGGAGCCAUUGGACUAGCAAUCGUAUCUUAUGCUGAAAUGAAAGCUCUACGGUCUUCAAAGGGAGAGUUUACUAGUCGACAAAUCUGUCAGAUUACAUCAACAGCAUUUGGAAUAUCGUUUAAUCUAAUCGCGUUCAUUUUAUAUGUCAUAAUAUGGAUCCGAAAACUGGAUGAUAAGAAGGCUGUUGUUAUCGCAACGUUUGCACUGGGCUGCUGUGGGUUGAUUUCCUACUGUAUUGGAGCCGGUUGUCGGUUUGGUUCCGCCCCUGAUGAUGGAGUGUUCCUUUUCUCAGCUUUGUGGAUUGCCGUGGGAGUAGUAGGCGUCGGACAAAACUUUUUGGGCAAAACACAGUUCAAAGAUGCAAGCCUCGCUUGCAUUCAACAUCGUCGGACUGAUUUCUAUUACUGCUGCAUCAAUAUUUUUUCUGAUUCUAUUCUUCGUGUGCCAAAAGCUGUACAAGCUAUUCAUGAUAUUAGUAAUCGUCUUCACCGUGAUUUC